AUGGCUGACUCCAAAGAAAGCCCCUACCGCCAAUACCUGCCGGACCUGAGCACUCCACGGUUCACGACCAUGAAGACGGAAAAUGCACACGAGUACGCGCGACGGUUCAAAGAGGGCGGGCAGCCCCCCUGGAUCCACGGGCUGUGGCUGCACUGGCAGAAACUGCUUUCGGAGCCGUUCCACGGCGUGACGAACGACGGCGCCGUGCGGCCGGGCCUGUUCAAGCUGCAGGACGAAGGCGUCCCCAUCGACGACAUCGUGGCCAAGACGCAGCAGGUGCUCUCGCAGCUCACGCCCGAGCAGGCGGCGGCGGUGUCGUACCACGUCGACUCGCCGCAGUGGCGGACGUGGUCCAACCCGGAGUUCCUGCUCAGCCACAAGGGGAUCCGGCUGGACGAGGUCACGGCGGCGGUGCGCGACGGCGUCAUGGCGGUGCUGGAGGCGGCGCUGUCGCCCGAGGGGUACGCCAAGGCCGUCGGGGCGAUGCGCGUCAACGGGUUCCUCGGCGAGCUGGUCGGGUCCCCCGCGGUCAUGAACGAGUUCUCGUACAACUUCGUGCUCUUCGGGACCCCCUCGGCCGCGGCGCCCUGGGGGUUCAGCUUCUACGGCCACCACCUCUGCCUCAACCUGUUCCUGUACAAGACCCAGGUCGUCGCGUCGCCGUGGUUCACCGGCGCCGAGCCCAACCUGAUCGACGCCGGGCCCCACGAGGGCACGCGCAUCCUCCACGAGGAGGAAACCCUCGGCCUGAGGUUGAUGCAGUCCCUCCCCGCCCGCCAGCAGGCCGCGGCCCAGGUGUACAAGGAGAUGAAGGACCCCGCCAUGCCCAAGGGCCGCUGGAACCACGACGACCAGCGCCACCUGUGCGGCGCCUUCCGCGACAACCGCGUCGUGCCCUACGAGGGCGUCCCGGUCGGCGACAUGACCCCCGCCCAGCAGGACCUCGUCCGCGGCAUCCUCAACCAGUACCUCCUCUACCUGCCCCGGCGCGCCCGGGACAUCAGGCUCUCCCAGAUCGCCGAGCAUUUCGACGAGACCUACUUCUGCUGGAUCGGCGGCUUCGACGACGCCGACCCGUUCUACUUCCGGAUCCAGAGCCCCGUGGUGCUGGUCGAGUUUGACCACCAUUCCGGCGUGUUUCUGGACAACGAGCACCCCGCCAAGUUCCACAUCCACACCCUGCUGAGGACCCCGAACGGUGGUGACUACGGAAUGGCCUUGCGUCCCCUGAUUCCGCCCACCGCAACUCAGGAAUUUCUGUGGGAAGGUUGA